GCGCGCGCGCGCGCGCAAGGCAAGCCGAGACAGCUGGGUGCCGUUGCUCCAAGUGUCUCGUUUCGAGCAACGAUUUUUCGAUGGAGAGCCCAUCUCAGAAACUGCCUGGAAAAGCUGAAAGUGCUGGUGCCUCUAGGUCCAGAAACGUCAAGGCACACCACGCUCGGCCUUCUGACUAAGGCUAAGCGUUUUAUCAAGAGCCUGGAGGAGCGCGACAGGAAGCACUCGACGCAAAAGGAGCAGCUGUCGCGGGAGCAGAGGUUCCUGAGGCGCAGGCUCGAGCAGCUGACGGGCGGCCACCACGCGCACCACCACGGCGGCCACGGCCUGAGCAUGAGCGCGCCCACGGGCAGUUGCCACGCGAGCCAGGUCGUGAGCGCCUCGACGGCGGCGCUGCUCUCCAAGAGGCGCAGCGUGUCCGAGUGCUCGGUCGGCACGGCCUCGUCCACCGGCAGCUCCAGGAACUCCGACAGGGGCACUGCGGGCAGUCCCUCCGUCUCGGAAUCCGGUGAGUACAAUGAGACGAGACUCGAGCAUAUGGACGAAUCCGACGACUAUGAGGUCGACGUGAUUGGAUACACGAGCAACCAGUCGGACACCGAUGACCAUAGCAGCGUGCAGAGUAGCAGUGACAGUGGCGUUGCGAUGUCCACCUCCAGGCUCACCCUUUCCGAGAUGAUGGACAAUCUAUAGACGAGAAGACGGCGCGAGGGUGGCGGCAAGUGGGGUCAGGAAGAUAGUAACAGCAGCAGCAGUAGCAGCAGCAGCAGCAGCAGUAGCAGUACGUCGAAGCAACGCGGAAGGCCACGAAAGAGGACGCGCAUUGGCAACAUUAUCAGCAGCAAGUAGAAGACCUCCGAAACGACAUUGAAAGAGAGCGCAUCAGCGUCGUCCUGGACAUUAAGAAGAGCAAGAAAGCCACCCUCGCGAUCGAGAUAGAGUCCUUUUUUUUAAGAGGCUGAGAGGUAAAGAGAGAACAGGAAGAUCUCGCCUAUUCUUCUUCUUCUUCUUCACACGUACACAAAAAAAGAAAAAAAAAGUUUCAUGGACGAGAGUGAAAGAGUGCGAGAGUGAGAGCGUGAGCAAAGUAAGAAAGACUGAUUGGGAUUAUAGCAAACAAAAAGCAAGCCACGCGGAGCAUUAUAUAUGUGAAUUUGUACAUAUUUGAAAGAAAUGUCGAGGGAGGGGCGAAAUUUCGAAAAAUGGUAUAUUAACGGUUUUUUGAGCUUGUGGCGAUCCAUCAUCGAAUCAAAGUCGUGCAAUCUCCAAUGGGAAUAAAUACAGUCGUGUUUAAAGAAAGGAUGGCAGUUUGCAUGCGCGAAUGAAGUAGAAUGUGAGAGCGAGAGUUUGUUUUUUGUGCACGAAGUGACUAAAAAAAAAAAGGAAAAAAGACAGAAAAUAAGAAAAAGAAAAGACAGUUGAUUUGUUAUUGUACAAGCGAGGAAUCGAUACAUGCCAGUUGUUUUCACGCACGCUCGAAGAAAUAGAGAACUAACUUUUAAGAGUUGUACGUAAGGACAUAGAAAUUUAACCUCUCGAAAACACGAUUGCCUGUGGACAAAAAUAUUCGUCGUUUCUUCUGUUUUUAUUAUUCCUUUCUUGUUUUUUCUGUCGAGGCAUUCAUUUAAUCCCCGUUUUUUAAGUCCAUUCUGUGAGAAAUACUAAUGAAACCUCAUAGUUUAAGCGUUAGAAAGUAUUGCAACGGUUAUCUCCCUUUUUUCCAAAGUGAAUUUUUAAUGAUUUUUGUUCUGUCAAUCGUACUUUCGAUUAUUGUAACAAUACACGUUUGUCAAGCCAAGGCUUCUUUUUCUUUUUCUAAGAAGAAAAGACGUUUUGGCUUUUCGAUUUUACAGUGCAUCUCAGCACGACAAAUACACUAACAAACAAAAAUCGCGCAUUAUUAAUAUUAUUAUUAAUUAAUUAAGGUAAUAACGAAGAAGAAACACAUCUCGUUGCAUUCGAGAUAAAAAGUACAAAUUCUGUAAGACCCUUGUGUAAAACAUAUGCUUCAUCACCUGUUUUAGCGACCGACCUGUAGUUCGGCCUUUAAAAAAAAUGAUGCUCCGGUGUAUCAGAUAAAAAACGUGAGUGUGAGUAACGGACGAAUGCGGCUGAGUGGUCCAACAAAAAAAGUUGAGUGCUGACUGAUAAAAUUUUUUUUCUUUUUUUUUCUUUCGAAAAAGCCACUUUGAGCUGGAUAAAAAGUCUUUCAUUUUUUUUUUAAUUUUAAUUUUUAACUAACUUUAUGCGUUUGAAAUUCGAAAUCGCGAAAUAUGUUAUUGCUUUGGUAAUUUAUUUGUAAAAAAAAUAAUAACAAAUUAAUGCAUUGUCGUUUUCUCUCGACAAAAAAGUGAGAUAAAUAUUAGGCGUUUAUUCUUUUUAACUGAGGUCUUGAAGUCACGAAGAAGUGUAAUACAAAGUGAGAACGCGAGAGGAAGGAGGAUAGAGAGAGAGAGAGAGAGAGAGAGAGAGUAAGAGAGAGACAUUUUUUUUAUGGAAAAGGUCACGGAGUCGAAGCUUGCGAUGUAGAUUUUUAAGAUUAGAUAGACUGACAUAAAAAAAUUUACAAAAAAAAAGUAACGAGUGAUCUCUAAAUAAAAAAAAAUGUGUUGGUUGAAAGAAAGAGGAUCGUAGUGCAAAGUCGCAUAUGUGACGCGAAAUUCCAGAAAUAUCCGAAGAAAAAAUAAACAAUGUAAAUUUUUUGUGGCCAACGUCGAGGCAGUUUCGAUUCUGGAAUUUUUUUCUUUUUUUUUAUUUAUUUUAACGUAUUCACCCUCGACCGCUGAGUUUCAUUACGUCGAACUGAUUGAGUUGGUUGAGUUGGCAAAAAACAACAAUAAUAGAAAGGGGCGUGUUGUUGUAUCAAGAAUGCGCUUACACAUUGUCUGAAUGGAAGAACUUUAUUCAAACAAUCAUAUUGAUUGUUUUUUUAUUAACUAGCGGCGGUCGAUGUACACGUGGUUGGAAAAUACUCAUGGCAAAUAUUUUAUUUAUUCUUCGUGUUUUUUUAACAACUUAAGAGUUUUAUCACAUCACAGAUACUUAUAAGUAUUUUAAGGAGAGAUAUCGAGUUAUUGAAUUCGCACAAAACAUUCCUCGUUUGAAUAUAGGGUUGAAGGUUAACGGCAAAACUCUGGCGCGAGAAAAGCGAUUAUGAGUAAACAGAAUCGAGAAUGCCUCGGAUAAAUCUUCCGUUUAAUAAACUAACAGAGUUAAUUAUUCAAUUGAUAUGCUAAGCCAAGAAAGCAGAUUAAAAUCAGUGAAACAUUGAUCACAAAGUUCAAUGAAAUUUACAGAGUGCAAACUUCAAAGCACUCGGGGGAUUCAAAGUUUUUAAUUAAAUACCUUUUAGCUUUUAUUUACUGUAUAUCAUUUCUUUCGUUUUUAACUUUCUUAAUCACGCUAGAGGCCAGCUGUGUAAAUUUGACGUAUACUUUUUGUACGUCAUUCCAACAGUGCCACGUUUCUCUUUUUCAUAUUUUCUUUCCAGCCCGGCCAACAUCCCUUACUUUUCUGCUGUUGUAAAAUACAAUUUUUAAAUUGAAAAUAAAAUUUUCAUAAUUUGUUUUACAUUAAACGCUUGUAAAAAAUUUAUUUAGAAAUCUUAACGAAUUAUAGCAAUGAUGACAAUGUUUUUCUGAUAUACAAAAAAGUUCGUAUGUAAAAAAAAAUGAAAUCAUGUAAGAUGUUCCUUGUGUGCAACAUUUUUAUCUUCGUUCGGGUAUGAAGUAUUUCGGACUGAUGUAUAUAUAAAGUAUAUAGUAUUUAGUAAUUUAUUGGCUGAAAGUGAAAUUAGUUGCGGCGUGAAAUUGUAUUUAUGUACAUAAAAUUAUCUAAAUUUACUUAUAUCUAUAUUUAUUUAAUGCUAUGCGUUAUAGAUUUUGGACAACUGCAAGUAUUAUACAAACUUUUUUUGUUGCUCCUGGAAAACAUGCUACAAAUUUUAUAUGUCAAUGAACUUAUCUGCUUUGUUGGCUUUGGUAAACAAAAAUUAAAGGGAGUCGUCUGUUAAAUUUUAAUACAAAUAUUUAAAUUCAGAGAAAGUAGCGCCAAUUUAGUUGACUGUCAUUCGCUGUCAAAAAAUUACAUGUACUAAUCAAAAUGAAUAUAUCGGUCUCCGUAAAAUCGAUAUAUUCCGAAAUAUUUACUCUUCUUUAUGUUGAUAAAUGAAAUUCAUAAAAUUAUUUCUUAAAUGCACGAAAAACAGUUGCAAACGGAUAAAAAAUUGGUUCACUGCUAAGAAUAACGGGCGCAACAGCAAUACCUUUAGAUCGACGCAGUAUUUUAAAGCAGAUGUAACAAAUCGUUCUCGCGAAAAAAAAAAAACGAUUCUCAGAAGAAAAGACUUUUGUAACGAUUUUCGCGACCGAGAGAAGAAAAAAAGCAAAGUUUAAAAACCACUAAGUAAAUAAGCAAUGAUUUUCAAAGCCGCGCCACCGCUGAGGCACCGAGGACUCGGCCAAAUAGACUAAGAUGAAGCGCUUCGAGAAACAAAGUUCGAUACUUGGGGGGAGACGAUUUGGAGUGAAACUGAAACACUUCGAGGGGAGUCGUGCACAUCCGACGACUUGUUUUUUAUUUUUCUAACGCCACUAUCGGUCCACUUUUUUACGAAGGCUCAAAAUCCAGAAACAUAUAAAGUAGGUUUACAUCGAAUAGGGGGUAGGAAUAGAGGUGAUUACACAUUAAUGAUGGAACAAAGAAAAGAUGGUUUUUUCAAAAUACGGGAAUUUCAAAGUCCUCGAGUGCUCGGCGGUGUGCUACGUUUCCACGAUCUUUGGAUAGAAAAUACAAAUAACAAUGCUUGGUCGAUCGUUUUAGAGAAAAAAAGUGUUGCAGUCAUGGAGAAACUAAAAAAACUAACCAAGUAACUAAUGACAAAAUGGGUGUUAUUUUUCGAUGUCUAUUAGACUUAUCAGAAUCAGAAACUCAACCAAGCUUAUACGUAACGACUUGAAAAGUGAAAAAAUAACUGUAAGUUAAAACGAUGAUCACAAAAAAGAACGUUAAGGACGAGAUUUUCGAAAGCUGAUGCGUUAUAUAAAAGCGAUUUUUAAGAAACAAAAAAAUUUAGUCGUUCGGUGCAAUGAAGAACCACAAACCGGAAGUUUAACACAUAAAUAUUCACACGACACUGCAGUCUUUUUCUACUUGGCUUUUAUCGACGCACGCAAACAUUUAAAAAAAAACAAAGUUUCCGGUGCACCAAGACAUAAAAUGAUCCUUAAAUGUGUAAACGACAGGAUGGGAAAGAGAGUAUUCAAGUGAAGCAGACGAAAAAAAAAAUAAUAAUAUUACCAAAAAAAGUAAAAAAAAUAUAUGAUGAUGUCCAAACAAACUGCGUGCGAAGCGAUUAGCGCUCGUAAUAAACAAAAAAUAAUAAGUAUAAAUAAUAAAAAAACGUCUCGGGCCCCGAGUCGCCCCCUAUCCGCCGUCUACGAACAAUUUUUCCUCAAAACAUUUUGCUGCUUUAAUUGUUUAGAUGAGUACUAUAAAGAAUACUAAAAAAUACACAAAAAAAUAAUAAUGAACUACAAAUCGAGCGUAAAACGGGUAUGCACGGUCGUGAAUGUGUGUCUGCGUUUUGAUCGUCGCCUCGACCGACAUGUCUCUCCCUAUAAAUUAUCUCUUGAGAACUGGAAAAUAAACUAAAAGCGCAGGAGUUUCUCAAAAUUGACUGAUACGAAUUAUUAUUAUAGUUGUGUGUAUAAUUAUAGUUUUUAAGACGUUGAUGAAAGAAUGAAUUUAAUAAAGUUAACGUGACAUUUUAUCUGUAUUCUGUAAAGUAAAUGUUUUAAACCUGUGUAUUGUAAAGGACGUGGGAUUUCGCUUUGCCGGAUAAUAAUUGGUAGUCAGUACUUUCUGGAAAAUUCGUUCGCAAUCUAGUGUGUAAUAACACAUAACUUGGCAGAUCCUACCGAAUAUGUUUAUCAUUAUCAGUAAAUGUUAAAAAAUAUUUGUUAGAAUCUCGCCGAUGAGGGCCAAAAUUGUAUACAUUGUAUGAUUUGUAUGACAACGUAUUAUCGAAAAAAAUGAUAAAAAGAAAGAAAAACGGUGUCGAGCGCAUGUAUCUCAAAAAUUGGCUUUGUAAAUAUCCGUAUAAUGUAUAAAUACCCCAUCGAGAGCCUUAAUCAGGUGCUGAAAUCCUAAAACCGAAACUCCUGCAGCUGAGUGAAAGAGAGAGAGAGAGAGAGAGAGAGAGAGAGAGAGAGAGAGAGAGAGAGAGAACGAGAGGGAGAGAGAGAAAGAUAAAGAUAAAAAAAGGAUAUAAGGCACGGCGACAGACUACUUCGGAGAAAAAGUGCGGUCCUUUUCUCGGUCGUAGUUGAGCCACCGGCAGUAGUGGGGCCGUGGCUUUGGUCAGCCGAGACGGAAACGGAGAGAGAGAAACAGAGAGAAAGAGAGCGAGAGAGAGAGAGAGAGAGACGCGGUCGAGAGGCGAAAGAGUGAGAGUUGUGAGUAUGAGCAACCGCGAGAGGCUCCGGCACUAAGAGCAUUUAAUCAAUGGUAGAGAAUGCUUAGUGGAUAUUUAAAAAAAAAUUAACAAACAUUGCAUAAAAAAUGAAUUAAAAAAAAACUAUACUAGUUUCACGUUUGUAAACGGAUAACGUUGUAACUACGAUUUAAUGAGAAAAAGAAAAAUGAAUAUAAUGUUAUUAUGUAAUAUUAUUACGAACGAGUGGCUGGUCAUGAGUGAGUGAAAUUGUGUGUUACGGGCAGUAUAGCAAACACAAAUAUUAUACAACAAAUGAUACAUACAUUUGUAGAACAAUAAACGAGUAAAGGGUAAAGGACGAACGAAGAGACAGACAAGAAAACACAAAUACGUACACAGGUAACACUAAUACGUCAGACAUUUAUAACGCCCUGCGCGCGUUGCAUGAGGAAUCAAUUAGUGCGUCGAUGUGUGAAGGAUUCUUGUAAUAAGCAUAUAAGUGUGCGGAAGAUAUUUCUUUAGGUUUUGAUUUAUCAGCGAAUGAUGAUUUUUGAACGUCCAACUCGUAAAGAGCACAUAACGAUAAAGUAAUCAAUUACAAAAAACACUCAUUAAUAUGAUUUUAUUAAUAUAUAUUACGGUUAUUAUUAAUCGAUUUUAUCAUUAUUAAUUAUUAUUAACGAAACAAAGAUUAAGAAGUAACGGAAAAAACAAACAAAAAAGAAGACACAAGAGCGGUGCAAUGAAGAAUGUUAUAUGCGAGGGAGUGAAAAACACAAACAUUGACACAAAAAAAAUAAAAAAAGACACAACACUAGAUGUGAGCGAAAAUGUUGAAAAAAAGUGAAAGGGAUGACAGCCGAGAGAAAACUUAUUAUUGUACAUACGUUAUAUAAUUACAUGUGUACUCGUAUGACUGUCGCGAAUAUGACGAAGAGCAACUCUGUUCAUCGAACAUAAUUAAUGACAAUGGCAAUGAUUAUGAUGAUGAUGAUUUUCUCUGCUUAUGCGGAUUCAAAUAAAAUUUGUGUAUUAUUAA